UCAUCAAAACCGUCGCCUUUUUCACUCCCGUCUCCGACCGACCGCAACUCUCUCUCUCUCUCUCUCUCUCUCUCUCUCUCUUCUGCUUCUUUUCAAACGAUGAUUGCCCCCCUCACCCACCGCCACCGGCUCCACCAUUGCUUCUGAUCCCUUUCGCCACCGCUGCUACAUCCCUCUCUCGUUCAGUUGCAGACAGAGACCGCGUGUGUAUAUGCACAACUCUCUCGCCUCCGCCGAGGUUUCACGUUCACUGUCCCGUUUGCUGCAGUUUCGGACAACGAUCUGGAAGGAAGAUGGGCGAGUCGUCUUGGCCUUCUGACGCGCAGUUGAACUAUAUCCGCAAUGUUGUUUCUCAAAUGGCUGGCCGAAGAACAGAUGAAGUUCAGGUUGCAGUAUCUCCUUAUAGAAUUUGCCCCCUGGGAGCUCAUAUAGAUCACCAGGGUGGAACGGUUUGCGCUAUGGCAAUUGACAAAGGAAUACUUCUUGGAUUUGUUCCUUCCGGAGAUAGUCAGGUUUAUCUACGUUCUGAGCAGUUCAGAGGAGAAGUUCGGUUUAGAGUUGAUGAAAAUCAGCACCCGAAACCUAUGAAUGGGACAAACCUGAAGGUACAUUCAAAUGGUUCUUCCACACAACAUGAAGACUGUGAUUGGGGAAAUUAUGCAAGAGGAGCUCAAUAUGCUCUGCAAAGUACAGGUCACCGUCUUUCUCAGGGUAUAAUUGGAUACAUCUGUGGUUCUAAGGGCCUUGACAGUUCAGGCCUUAGCUCUUCUGCUGCUGUGGGAAUUGCCUACUUGUUGGCUUUUGAAAGGGCAAAUAAUUUACUCAUGUCUCCUGCAGAAAAUAUAGAGUAUGACAGGUUGAUUGAAAAUGAAUAUUUGGGCCUUAAGAAUGGCAUUCUGGAUCAAUCAGCUAUUUUACUAUCAAGUCAUGGUUGUCUCACUUCCAUGAAUUGCAAGACUAAAAAGCAUGAGCUUAUUCGUUUUUCAAAGUUGCAAAAGGACAUUCCUUUGGUGCCAAAAGCUUUCAAAAUCUUGUUGGCCUUUUCAGGCUUGAAGCAAGCUUUGACCAGUAAUCCUGGGUAUAACCGCCGUGUUGAAGAGUGUCAGGAGGCUGCAAAGUUUCUCUUGGAUGCUUCUGGAAAUGGCAAAACGGAGCCUGUCCUGUCUGAUGUUCAUCCUGAAGUUUACGAAGCUUAUAAGCAUAAAUUAGAAACAAACCUAGCUAAAAGAGCUGAGCAUUAUUUUUCAGAGAAUAUGCGCGUUCUGAAAGGAAUUGAAACUUGGGCUACAGGAGACAUGAAAAAAUUCGGAGAGCUAAUCUCAGCAUCCGGUUUAAGUUCAAUUCGGAAUUAUGAAUGUGGUGCCGAACCGCUCAUACAAUUGUAUGAAAUUCUUCUUAGGGCUCCCGGUGUGUUCGGGGCACGAUUCAGUGGCGCUGGAUUUAGAGGAUGCUGUCUUGCAUUUGUCGACGCCAAUAAAGCUGCAGAAGCUGCAUCAUUUGUCAGGGGAGAGUACUCCAAGCGCCAGCCUAAGUUGGCAAGCGAACUGAACCAAGAAACAGCAGUAUUGAUAUGUGAUGCAGGUGACUGUGCUCGAGUCAUCUGAUGAGCUUCUUUUCAAUUCAUCAUUCAUUUCAUAUGUUUGUUUCUUCGAUGAUUUUGUGAAUGCGAAAACAAUCUCCUCUUCUGAUACAUUGAGCGAAUAUCGUGGCCUAUGCGAACUGACAAGUUCUACCAAUUGUGAAGGAAACCAGCUCGAAACUAUAA